AUGAAAAUUAUUAUCCUGCAUCUGCGUGCAGCGGGGCCUAAUAAUGCUGGUGCUGAUGCCAAUGCUGUUGUGCAGGUGGGGAAGUUCAUUCAAGUGAGGGCCUCGCGGCGUCUUGAGGUUGCUGAUGGCAGUCCUUUUGUUUAUUCCUUGGCGAUUAAGGGGCCGGUGACGGUGGACGAUGAGACAGCACGUGCGAUGCUGUUGAUGCUGACCAAGAAGGAGACCGACUUUGAGGCGACUUGUAAAGGCCAAGAUCUGCAACGUCUUUUCGGGCUUUCUCCAGUUGCUGUGGGGAACAACCAGCCCUUCUUUGAUGUUACACUCACAGUGACGCGCCAGGCACUGCAGCUCUGCACCUCCUUGCCUUCUUUAGAAGCCCCUUUGGUCUUGCAAAUGAACUACAACGCUUUUUUCGUUUCUCUUCUUGCUGAAGAAGAGCUGGACGAAAGAGAAGAAGACCUCCGUAUAAGGAUCCACUUCCCCACCUACAGUCACCGGAAGAACAUGUUUGAGUUGGUGACAGCGGAGGUGUUUAUGCCAUCUGAAGAAGCCAGAAGGAGCGUGUACCACAUCAUUUGUUUCUACAGGUUGCAGGGGAAGAAAGGGUCUUUCGACCGCUGGGCUCGUGACCUUGAGACUGGCGACUACGCCUUCCUCAAGAACAAGUACGCGCGUUUGUGGGCUGAAACACCAUGGAUGGUUUUCUCCACGGUUGAAGGCACAGCAGCACAGCAAGAACCUGUCAAUGCAGUCAGCUACGCACAGCAGCUGCUGGCAGAAUAUCAACAUGAAAACGCAGCGCGACAACAACAGUAG